UUGAUUUCCCUAACUUUUCUUUUCCAUUCGGCUUUUGUUAACUAACCCAGAUUAGCAUUUUAACAACCCUGAAGUGAACUUCUGCCAUUCUCCCUGCUUGGACAGUGUGUGUAGGCCAUCCAUCAUCCUGUCCUUGGCCACAACAGGCUACUGGCUCCAUAACCAUUUGGAGCUACACAGAAACCACCCGACUGUGAACAGCACAGCUGGCUACAGCAAUUUUUUCUUCCACGCCACUGGCAGCAUUGUCUGGCUAUGGUAACUAAAGUUAACAUCCAGAACGUGAAGUUUCUUUCAUUCUGGCGCCCCUGCCCAGCCCCACUGCAGCUCGGUGUGCACACCUGCAGAAGGAAGGGCUGCAAACUAGCAGGGAGGAGUGAGGCAACCUCUGGACUCUUGCUUUUCAAGGCUCCAGUUUGGAGACAGCAACCUGUUGUUUGGAGUGGGAUGACAUUAACUCUGUCCAUACUCGAGAGGGAGCUUGCUGGCUGCAUCCUGUGUGUGCUCAGUGUGCAGUGAGCUUGGGAAGUGCCAGCUACAGAAACAGAACUUGCCACUUUAACUUAGCCACACAAACUGCCAAGGAGCACAGAAAGAAAUGGAGAAUUUCGGCUGUGUAUUUCACACAUUCUUGUAGAAGCCUUUUUAGUUCCACAACGGAAACCAUGUGAUUUCACAGGAUCUGUGCCCAGAGUCUAAUACUUGCUACAGAUGCUUUCCUUGGUUUGUUUUGCAGAUCUGUGAAUGCAAUAGGGAAGGAGUUGUUACAGGAUUUGUUGUUUUAAUUCUGACAUAUACUUUGAAUGGCAGGUGGUUGAGCAGUGCUGUCACCUGUCCCCAGCCAUGAGGCUCCCGGUGCUCUGUGCCUUGGUGACGCUGCUGAGCCUGUCCCGCUGCCGGGCCGUCAGCUUCCCCGAAGACGAGGACCCCAUUAACGUCGUGGACUACCACUAUUCAAGGCAAUAUCCAGUAUUUAGAGGACGCCCUUCAGGCAAUGAAUCUCAGCACAGACUGGACUUCCAACUAAUGUUGAAAAUUCGAGACACACUCUAUAUCACUGGCAGGGACCAGGUUUACACUGUAAAUUUAAAUGAGGUUCCGAAAUCAGAAGUUAUCCCAAGCAAGAAAUUAACAUGGAGAUCAAAGCAGCAGGACAGAGAGAACUGUGCUAUGAAAGGCAAACAUAAAGAUGAAUGUCAUAACUUCAUUAAAGUCUUUGUUCCAAGAAAUGAUGAGAUGGUGUUUGUCUGUGGAACAAAUGCAUUUAACCCUAUGUGCAGAUACUAUCAGUUGAAUACAUUAGAGUAUGAUGGGGAGGAAAUUAGUGGUUUGGCAAGAUGCCCAUUUGAUGCCAGACAAACCAAUGUCGCCCUCUUUGCUGAUGGAAAAUUGUAUUCGGCAACAGUAGCAGAUUUCCUGGCAAGUGAUGCUGUUAUUUAUCGCAGCAUGGGGGAUGGAUCUGCCUUAAGAACAAUAAAGUAUGACUCCAAAUGGAUAAAAGAACCACACUUCCUCCAUGCCAUAGAAUAUGGGAACUAUGUUUAUUUCUUCUUCAGAGAAAUUGCUGUAGAGCACAACACUUUAGGCAAGGCUGUGUAUUCCCGCGUGGCACGCAUCUGCAAAAAUGACAUGGGGGGCUCCCAAAGGGUCCUGGAGAAGCACUGGACAUCCUUUCUGAAAGCUCGGCUCAAUUGCUCAGUUCCUGGGGAUUCAUUCUUCUACUUUGAUGUUCUGCAGUCUAUCACAGACAUAAUAGAAAUCAAUGGAGUGCCCACUGUUGUGGGGGUAUUCACCACACAGCUCAACAGCAUCCCUGGUUCAGCAGUGUGUGCUUUUAGCAUGGAUGACAUUGAGAAAGUCUUCAAAGGGAGAUUUAAAGAACAAAAGACUCCUGACUCUGUUUGGACAGCUGUACCUGAAGACAAAGUACCAAAGCCAAGACCUGGCUGCUGUGCAAAACAUGGCCUAGCAGAGGCUUACAAAACCUCCAUUGAUUUCCCAGACGAAACGCUCUCCUUCAUCAAAUCUCAUCCAUUGAUGGACUCAGCUGUUCCCUCAGUCACUGAGGAGCCCUGGUUUACCAAAACACGUGUCAGAUACAGAUUGACAGCAAUUGCUGUAGACCAUGCUGCUGGACCCUACCAGAACUACACAGUCAUAUUUGUUGGCUCUGAAGCAGGAGUAGUACUUAAAAUCUUGGCAAAGACCAGGCCUUUUUCUUUGAAUGACAGCAUAUUACUGGAAGAGAUUGAAGCAUAUAAUCAUGCAAAGUGUAAUGCAGAAAGCGAGGAGGACAGAAGAGUCAUUUCCCUCCAGCUGGACAGAGACCACCAUGCUCUGUUCGUGGCAUUCUCCAGCUGCGUCGUUAGAAUUCCCCUGAGUCGGUGUGAGCGUCACGGGUCAUGUAAAAAGGCAUGUAUUGCUUCACGGGACCCUUACUGUGGCUGGUUAGACCAUGAAGCGUGUGGAAGAGUGACACCAGGCAUGCUGUUCUCUUUGUUUGUUUCAUACAACCACAGCACUGGAGGAUAUAUACAAGAUGUCGAAUACGGCAACACGGCACAGCUUGGGGACUGCCAUGAAAUUUUGCCUACUACAGCUACACCAGAUUACAAAAUAUUUGGCGACCCAACAUCUGACAUGGAGUUCUCCUCAGCUUCCAUUACCACAAUGGCAAGUAUCCCAGUUAUAUCACCUAAAGUGAUUGGUUCCUGGAAACCUAAAGUGACUGGCUCUCGGAAAUUUGUAGUUCAAGAUGACCCAAACACUUCUGAUUAUUCUGAUCCAUUAUCAGGUGUCCCAAAGGGUGUGAGGUGGGAAGUACAAUCAGGAGAGUCCAACCAAAUGGUACAUAUGAAUGUCCUAAUCACUUGUGUCUUUGCCGCUUUUGUCCUGGGAGCCUUUAUUGCGGGAGUGGCCGUUUACUGCUACCGGGAUAUAUUUGUGCGGAAAUCCAGGAAAAUACACAAAGAUGCAGAAUCAGCUCAGUCCUGCACUGACUCCAGCGGGAGCUUUGCCAAACUGAAUGGGCUGUUUGACAGUCCUGUCAAGGAGUAUCAGCAGAACAUUGAUUCACCCAAACUGUACACAAACCUGUUGACCAGCAGAAAGGAGUUGCCUCCAAAUGGUGAUACCAAGUCCAUGAUGAUGGACCAUAGGGGACAGCCUCCAGAAUUAGCUGCACUUCCAACUCCAGAAUCUACUCCAGUUCUUCAACAAAAGACUCUGCAGGCUAUGAAAAGUCAGUCAGACAAAACCCAUGGUAACCUCAAUGCUUCGCGGAAGGAAACCCCACUAAAAAGCCCUCAGUUUUUUCCUUCUAGUCCUCCACCCCACUCUCCUCUAAGUCAUGGACAUAUUCCCAGUGCUAUUGUUCUUCCCAAUGCUACCCAUGACUACAAUACGUCUUUCUCAAAUUCUAAUGCGCACAAGGCAGACAAAAAGAUGCAACAUAUUGAUCAUCCACUUACAAAAUCAUCCAGCAAAAGAGACCACAGGAGAUCUGUUGAUUCCAGGAACACCCUGAAUGAUUUUCUGAAACACUUAAAUGAAACUACUAAUAAUCCUAAAGCGAUUAUGGGAGAUAUUCAAGUGGCCCACCAGACUUUAAUGCUGGAUCCAAUGGGCAAUAUGUCUGAGAUCCCACCUAAGGUUCCCAACAGGGAGGCAUCUUUAUAUUCUCCUCCAUCGACUCUGCCAAGAAACAGUCCCACAAAACGAGUGGAUGUUCCCACCACUCCUGCAGUACCAAUGACCUCUUUGGAAAGGCAGAGGGGUUAUCACAAAAAUUCUUCACAGAGGCACUCAAUAUCUGCCCUUCCUAAAAACUUGAACUCACCAAAUGGUGUUUUGUUAUCCAGACAGCCAAGUAUUAAUCGUGGGGGGUACAUGGCUCCCACAGCAGGCACUAAGAUGGACUACAUGCAAGGGACGCCUGUCACCGUUCACCUCCAGCCUUCCUUGUCCAGGCAAAGCAGCUACACGAGCAAUGGCACCCUGCCUCGCACAGGAAUAAAGAGGACACCCUCCCUAAAACCCGACGUGCCACCAAAACCCUCAUUCGUCCCUCAGACAACGUCAGUCAGACCACUGAACAAAUACAGCUACUAGGACAUGUCUGAGUGUGGCACUGACCUGUACAGGUUGUGAAAUGAUAUUGUGGUAGACACAUAAGGCAGAGACUUGCUUGUUACUAAGGAGAACAAAGUGGCCAAAGAAACUGUCUUUACUUGAGCAACAUCUGUGUCUUGCCACAUGUAGCUGUAGCAAGACUUAGUGUACUUGCUACAAGCAAACAAAAAAAACAAAGGAAAGUGCUGGUCAUUACAUUUCUUUUGUUUGGAGCUAAGGAGACAUGUAGCACAAUGGGGUGGGGGCUACGUUACUGUUCUAAAUAGCUAAACAACAGUUGUUGGGAAAAAAUCAGUAAGCAAAUACUUGAAAAAAUGGGUUCCAUUUUAGACUGCCAUUAAGUGUGGUCAUUCCCAUUAAAUGUGAACAUUUUACUAUGUAUGCAUUCACCUUGCCUCUUGCACAAAUGUCAGAAAAUGGUAAUGUCUCAAUGAAUAGCUGGGUUAAUAAUCAAUUUGCUGGAAUUAAGUCUCUGGCCCAACUGUAGCAUUAUUUUUUUUUCUCUCCAUGUGUGUGGCAUUUUGUUUUUGCCACAGAUAAAGCUGUGCGUGUGUGUGGAUGUGUGUGUGUACUGUACACACUAGGAUGUACUUAGAUUCCCAUUGCAUCUUUUAUGCUAUGGAAUUGUUUACAUUGAGCAUGACUGAACAAACAGAUGACUCUGCCUUCUGCAGCCCGCUGGGCUCAGCUCGGAGCCAGCUACGGAUGAACUGUGCAUCUCUGACAGCCUUCUGAGGGGAACGCCUGGAUGAAAGAGUCACCCAGUCAAAGAGUGCAGAUAUGUUUAAUUCUUCAUAACUGCUAUGCUGCUAUUGAUUCAGAGCUGUGCAUUUCAAAUCUAGUGUUCUGGGCUGGAACGGGGGAGUUCUACUGUGUUUCCACAGUGCCUCCAUCCAAAACCUGGCCACUGUGAACUUGAGCCCCUGUACUUCUCACUGAGGGCAGCUAAUAGUCAGUUCACUUGGCAAAUGCCUGUGUAACUGGAGAAGGUCACGUUUUUGUUGCAUUUAAUAACGCCCUACACACUGAUAGACUCUUGUCAAUAAAAAAGGAGAAACAUUAAUUGGCCUGGCAGAAGCAGUCUGUGAAAACUCAAACAGUAGUGCAAUCAAUUUGUUUUUGUUGUGUAAAGUAAGGUUUGUUUUUUUCCAAAGUCAUGCAGGUAAUGACAAUAUUCUGUAAAUAUUAUGUGUGAGUUUACCUGAAUCUGUGCAUUUUGUGCCUUAUUCAUGCAAAUGAUAAAAGUACUAAAAAAAAUUAAAUCUGUCAAGUGUUCUCACUAUAGCACAUAUCUCCCGAGUGCCAGUUGUAAAACCUCUCAACAGCACCCGAAAAAAAAAAAAAGAUAAAACGCAAGAAUAAUUAAUGGUAACUAAAGGCAGCCUACAAUCCAAGAAGACAGCAGCAUUAAAUCACCUUACCAUGAUAAACAUUCCACUCCAGCUCUCUGAAGGAUCAAACAGUUAUAAUGUGAAAUCAAAUGAGGUUUCUAGGGUAAUGGAACACCUGCUAAAGUUGUGUAAGCUAUUUAGUAGGGUUUACAGUAUCCACUUGCAGCUGAUGUUCAACACAGAUGGCUAUUUUAGCUUGCAAACUACACACUACCACAUUGUUUAUUGAACAUAACUAUAGAAAUAACCAUGGCAGAGGAAUAUUCAUGAAUUAGUGGGACGAAUAACUGCAACGGGUUUCAGAGAUGGUGGAGAUUUAUAUUAUGUGUUCAAAGGGGAGAAAAGGUUAGUCACUAAAAACUGGAUCUCUGUUACAGAACAAAGAAUAAAGGAUAGAAGUAGUCAUUUUUUUUCUUGUAAGGCUGUAAGGGACAUUUAUUUCCUGAGACCUCUGAAUCCAAAAAUCAAUGAUCUUUCUUCCUAAACACUUCUGUCUUGCAACUAAAACACUACAGAUUAAUAACUAUUAAAAUGUACUCAGUUGUCAGAAGACAAAAACUGAUCCGAAUUCACUUUACAAAUAUUAAUACAGACUUGUGUGACCCGGAAGAUAAAUGUAUGUGAACCCUGAUAACCUCCUGUAACAUUGUGCUGCCUUGUAGAUGGUAAUGUGAGUUCUCUCAGUAUUUAUGUUGAAAUUUCUAACAUUCAACCUAGUCCUUAUUCUGUUAAUUUAAUAAUAAAAGAUGCUUUAUCCAUUUGUGCAAAGGUAAACGCAGAUUGUAUCUUUUUUAAUGGUACGGCAUAAAAAAGUAACCCUUAAAUGAAGCUGCUCUAUUACUAUAGAGUACUUUAACAUGUAUAGAUAUCUUGUAAACUUGUAUUGUGGAUGUGUAAAUAAUACGUUCUUUGGGUUUUUAACACCGCAUGUAAAGUCAAAAUAAAAUAUUCCCAUGUA